AUGGUGAACCUCUGCGCCCUGCGGCCAGCUCUGGUCUACAGCCUAUGCUCCCCUCGCGCAUCUGCCCUGCUCGUUCCUCGUGCGUGGCUGAACAGCCUAGAUGCCGCGCCGACUGUUUUUGUCGUUGACGCCCAACGCAAAUGGCAUUCCAGCCAUGCGCGAGGGCGCCAGACCCAGGCUCUCGUGCCGGCCGUCUCUCGCCCUCUGCAGCUCGUCCGGCACGCUUCGGUUGUCUCUAGCCCGGGCACUGUAGCUACAGCGGCGUACUCCACCGUCGUAGGACCGCCUUCAGUGCCUUACUCCCAGCUCACUGUCGGCGUGCCCAAGGAGAUCUUUAUAAACGAGCGCCGUGUCGCGUUGACCCCUCAGAACGUGGCCCUCCUCCUAAAAAAGGGCUUCUCCAAGGUCUUGGUCGAGCGCAGCGCCGGCGCCCAGGCUGACUUCCCCGACGAGGCCUAUGAUCAGGCCGGUGCGACACUCGUUGACACCGCCGCCCAGGUCUGGUCCGGCUCCGACGUGGUGCUCAAAGUCCGCAGCCCGAUCCCCUCUGAAAUUGAGCUCAUGAGGGAGAACCAAACCAUUAUAUCCUUCUUACAGCCCGCCCAGAACAAAGCGCUGGUUGAGAAGUUCGCAGCGCAGAAGGCGACCUCUUUUGCCAUGGACCUUAUCCCUCGCAUCUCCCGCGCCCAGGUGUUUGACGCGCUAAGCUCAAUGGCCAACAUUGCAGGCUACAAGGCGGUCCUCGAGGCUUCCAACAACUUUGGCAGGUUUCUGACCGGACAGGUGACAGCCGCCGGCAAGAUCCCGCCUUGCAAAGUGCUCGUCAUUGGUGCCGGCGUCGCCGGUCUCAGUGCGAUUGCGACUGCGAGGAGACUUGGGGCCAUUGUGCGAGGCUUUGACACACGCCCGGUAGCUCGGGAACAGGUGGAGUCCCUUGGCGCCGAGUUCAUCGAGGUCGACAUCAAGGAAGACGGCUCUGGUGCUGGCGGAUACGCAAAGGAGAUGUCCAAAGAGUUUAUUGAGGCCGAGAUGAAGCUUUUCUACGAGCAAGCGCGCGAGGUAGACAUCGUCAUCACCACCGCCUUGAUCCCCGGAAAGCCCGCCCCGAAGCUCAUCACCAAGUCUAUGCUCGAGGCCAUGAAGCCUGGCUCCGUGGUGGUGGACCUCGCGGCUGAGGCUGGCGGCAACUGCGAAAAGACGAAGCCUGGCGAGCUUUACACCUACAAGGACGUUAAGAUCAUUGGCAAUCUACUAGGUUACACCGACCUCCCUUCAAGGCUCCCUACGCAAUCCUCGACCCUGUACUCCAACAACGUCACCAAGUUCCUCCUCUCCAUGACACCCAAGGAGAAGCAGUUCGGCAUAGACCUCGAUGACGAGGUCGUGCGAGGCGCCAUUGUCACCUUGAAGGGCGAUAUCAUUCCCCCGCCUCCCCGGAAAGCCCCGCCGCCAGCACCGGCCCAAGCACCGCCCGUGACGAAAGAAGCCGAGGUCGUGGCCCUGACCCCUUUCCAGAAGACGUCCCGCGAAGUCGCGACUGUGACGGCGGGAAUGGGAGCCGCUCUCGUUUUGGGCAAGAUGACCAGCCCCCUGUUCAUGGGCAAUGCCUUCACCUUCGCCCUAGCGUCUUUGAUCGGAUACAGGGUGGUGUGGGGAGUGACGCCAGCCCUUCAUUCACCUCUCAUGAGUGUCACCAACGCCAUCUCAGGCAUGGUCGGAAUCGGCGGUCUCUUCAUUCUGGGCGGCGGCUACGUCCCGCAAACCUUCCCUCAGGCUCUCGGCGCUGCUUCCGUUCUCCUUGCCUUCGUGAACGUGUCUGGCGGCUUCGUCAUCACAAAGCGCAUGCUGGACAUGUUCAAGCGACCGACGGACCCGCCGGAAUACCCGUGGCUGUACGCCAUUCCGGCGGCCCUCUUUGGUGGAGGCUACAUCGCCGCAGCCGCUACGGGGGCCGCGGGUCUCGUCCAAGCAGGUUACGCUGUCAGCUCCGUGUUGUGUAUCAGUUCCCUCUCCAGCCUGGCUUCGCAAGCGACAGCCCGCAUGGGCAACAUGCUUGGCAUGCUCGGAGUGGGUUCCGGCGUGCUGGCGUCUCUGCUAGCCGUCGGCUUCUCUCCGGAGGUGCUUACGCAGUUCGGUGGCCUCGCGGCGCUGGGUAGCAUCGCCGGUAUACUGAUUGGAAAGCGCAUCACGCCCACAGACCUUCCACAGACCGUUGCGGCACUCCACUCAGUCGUCGGUCUGGCGGCCGUCUUGACCUCUAUCGGAAGCGUCAUGGCACACAUCGACGACAUCUCGACGCUGCACCUGGUUACGGGCUACCUGGGCGUCCUGAUCGGUGGCAUCACCUUCACGGGCUCCAUAGUUGCCUUCCUUAAGCUCGCGGGACGGAUGUCGUCUCGCCCGAUCGCCCUCCCGGGCAAGCACCUCAUCAAUACGGGUAUGUUGACGGCCAACAUGGCCACGAUGGGCGCCUUCGUGACCAUGGCCCCCGGCUCGCCCAUGAUCGCCGCGGCGGCCCUCUCCGCCAACACGAUCCUUUCCUUCGCCAAGGGGUUCACCACGACGGCGGCCAUCGGUGGCGCAGACAUGCCCGUUGUCAUAACCGUGCUCAACGCCUAUUCGGGCUUCGCGCUCGUAGCGGAGGGCUUCAUGCUGGAAAACCCGCUUCUCACCACGGUUGGCGCGCUCAUUGGCGUGUCGGGCUCCAUCCUCUCGUACAUCAUGUGCGUGGCGAUGAACCGGUCGCUUACGAACGUUCUCUUCGGCGGCAUUUCGGCGCCGGCGCAGACGGACUACAAGAUGGAGGGCGCCGUGACGCAGACCAACGUGGAGGACACGGCCGAGGCGCUUGUCAACGCCGAGAACGUCAUCAUCGUCGUUGGCUACGGCAUGGCCGUCGCCAAAGCGCAAUACGCCAUCAGCGAGAUCACGGCCAUGCUUCGCGCCAAGGGCAUCAACGUCCGCUUCGCGAUCCACCCCGUGGCCGGCCGCAUGCCCGGGCAGUGCAACGUGCUCCUGGCCGAAGCGAGCGUGCCGUACGAUAUCGUCCUGGAGAUGGACGAGAUCAACGAUGACUUUUCUGAAACGGACGUCACGCUAGUCAUUGGCGCCAAUGACACCGUCAACCCCAUCGCGCUGGAGCCGGGCAGCCCGAUUGCGGGCAUGCCGGUGCUACAGGCUUGGAAGAGCAAACAGGUCAUUGUAAUGAAGAGAGGCAUGGCGAGCGGCUAUGCCGACGUACCGAACCCCAUGUUCUACAUGACCGGAACGCGCAUGCUGUUUGGAGACGCCAAAGUGACUUGCGACGGUGUGUAUCCCCCCUUCACAUUACCCGUCGGAGAAAACCCUCCCCUCGCUGACUUCCUCGCAGCGAUCAAAGCAGCCGUCGAAGCCCGAGCAACAUAG